AUGCGAUCUACUAGAAACUCCGUCCGAUCCGGCGACAAACAUUCCAAUUUAUCCAUGAGGGUCGACAUGGUCUCCAGAACAUCUAGCGACGGGCCCCCUCCUGGGGGCGGCCGACAAUGGAAGUCGCUGAUCAACAAGAUUCCAAGACGGAUCAAUAUAAUCAGUCAACAUCUUCCCGAGACAAGUACCUCCGACCUCGACCUCAAUGCCAGAUCCCCCGAUGGCCACUCUGCGAAUCCGCUCGACAGUCAAGAGACUCAUAUCCGACAGCUACAGGCGAUCGUACAACGAAUGCCUCGCAAUUUCCCCACCACGCCGAACCACGUCGACUCGGCUUAUAAAGAAUUUAAAAAGCACAAAGAGCAAUGCGCUUUGCUAUGUCGGCAUAUCCUGACAGAGGAGCUGGGCCGCGGUCCUCACAACGGCAGUGAUCUCGUCCGUCGCGAUUCAACACUUGACUCUCCUCAAAGUCCUGGCCAUAUAUACGAUACGAGAAGUUCCUUCAGUGGGAGAAGUCUUGCUGAGGUUGUUUCUGGAAGUGUUGGAAAGAGUAUACACCAGAGCGACGCUUGGCUGUCAUCGGUGCGCGACUGGAAGAAUUGGCUCGAGUUCCUGGCUGAUGCUUGUCGGACAUGUUUGAUCGAGACAUACAAGAACAACGAGCGCGAUGCGACGCCAGAACAGGUGGAAGCGCUAUUCACAAAUAAGCGGUUCCGGAAGGAAGCUGUCCAGAGGAUGCGCAAUGCUAGCGUUACUCGAGUCAUGUCGGCAGACCCCCAAUUUUUUCCAAAAUAUGAAAUGAGAUUUUAUGAUUAUGAGAGAAUACGACAGGAACUGUUAGAAAUCCGACAGCUUGUUCAGACAGGUGAAUCCGGCAUCUCCCCAGACCGAACUAUUAAAGAAUUCGCCAUAUCCCAGCGAGGCGAUGCUAUACUGGAGUUCGCCAACACUGCCCCUGGAUGCAGCCACAGCGACCCGGCACUUCGGUUCAGGGUCUCUUCUUACAUGCUCGCUGAGACAUCACCCAUCUUUGCUCGCAUGUUUGCGGGGAAUUCCAGCAGUCUUCACCUCUACGACGACGAUGAUAUCUCGUCGCAGUUACCGUUGCCACCGACAAAGUACUACUGCAAAGACGGAUCUGAGGCUAAACUGUACCGCAUGCCACAAGUCGAGCUGAACCAUCUGGAUUCUUUGGAGAUCUUACUACACGGGGCGCACCACCAUAGCGAGAUGAUUCCACGAGAGAUCGAGUUCGACAAGUUUGUCGCUAUUGCCGAGUGUUGCAUGAGAUACAAGAGUACAUCGCCUUUGGAACUUGUCGUUGAGCAUAGAUGGUUACCACAAUGGAUGCACAAGGGAGCAGACGACAUGCCAGACGGUCUCUUGGUCAUUAGCUACGCUUUUGGCUUGCGCCGUCUCUUCUCGCGCAUGUCAAAAACUACAAUUCUGAACCUUGUGGAUGAGAAGGAGCUACAGUCGAAGCCAUGGCCGCAGAAGAUCAAAGACAAGAUCUGGGCUGUCCGCUGCGCAAAGGUGGCGCAGAUACACGAGUGUUGCGUUAGUGCGAUUCGGGAGUACAUGCGAGAACCGACACACAACACACCCGACCAAACCGAACCCACGCCGCUGAAUUCCAGCUUCUCACCAGACGCUCUACCUCCAAUGAUGCUGACUAGCACCCCGCGAUGUCCCAAGGGUAGCCAUUGGUGCGACGCCACGAAUCUUGGUUGGCUGAUGCUACUCUAUAACGAGAUGAACCUUUUGCCUUAUGUCAUGUCGUCGGAUGUGUUGUCUCAUUUACCCAGGUCGCAGCCACAACCGAAAAGCCUGGCGCAGAUUGUGGAUGCGCUGAGGAGGAUUCCAGCACCGCCGACGCCAGUGCACCGAGGCGUGUGUGAUCCAGGUCCGGUGUUUCGCUCUGCUAUUAGUGAUAUCUUCAACAGUGUCCUGGGCUUGACACUUUUCGACAUUAGCGGCAAGAGUCAUGGCUGGGGCUUGUCAAAGCAUAAGGAACGAGAACCCCAAACUCAACUUAAUGAAAGGCUCAACCGUAUGGCAGCGCAUGAUCCAGACUACAGUGUCGCUACAGAAUUCCCAGAAAUCAUUCGCCUUCGCAUUAUGUGCCAACUAGACGAGCUGGAUGACCUUCACUCGGCAGCUAUGGUCAGCCGGGCAUACUACGAGACGUACAAGAAGCAUGAGCUUUAUCUUAUGAGGAAUAUUCUCCGUAUGGACCGAAAACGAUCGACCAUUCAGCAUCACAUCCCAAUCGGACCCAACACAAACGAAGAAAAGGUCCUCAGGGAGGAGUCUGACGUUCUUAAGCGGACACCAGCUGAUACUGCAGAUGGUAUCACUCUUCACAGCGUGGUUGAGAGUGAAGGAGAUUACACAGACUCUGACGAUGAUAGCGAUAGUCUGUACUCAACAUCAGUAACCCGGUCGCUUCCCCGAUCAGAAGCUACCACAAGCACAACCACCAGAGGCCUAGAUUAUCAGGGAUCGGCAGACCUUGCGCUGAUCACGGACAGUCCCGCACGGACACCAAGGGCCCGGACCGGCACACCGACAUCGUCGUCCCGAUCUCCGACGACCCCUCGACAAGCCGUGUUUGACCCACCUGCUCCGGCUGCUACAUCACCCGUGAUGACAAUAGACGAACCACCUCUCACGGUUGAAGAAGCCCAUCGAAUUCUCUGGCCAGACGCCGCGAUUAAAGCAUCUGAAUCACCUCUACCCACCGCCCAUCCUGGCGCAGAAGGCAUUCGUGAGAAGUUCCGCGCUGGUGAUCCAUCUUUUCACUUGGGGCUAGAAGAAAAGACUCUUGUUCCGACGGGUGAAAAACAACUUAGGAGUGAACAUGAUCGACAGGUUGGGCUGUUGAAGGGAGGUGAACCGAGUAAAUGA